AUGAUGCAUUUUGAAAGAAUCGCAAAAGACUACAUGCUGUAUGAAUCCAAUUAUAUGAAAUUUCUAGAAGAGGCAAAAACAGAGAUAGAACAAAGAUCAGUGAUUGCCUCAGACAGGAUGAGAACUGAUUACAUAAACAUCUAUUAUGUUUGGAAUAAAAGACAAGUUAAAAAUGCUGUUGAGAUAUAUUUUAUAAAAAGUAUCAAUGCGUAUCAAGCAACAUUGGGCCCAACAGAUUAUGAAACACUGACGACCAUUGAAGAAUUCUGCAAAUGGCUUGUCCAAAAUGGGGAAAAACAGGAGGCUUACAGACUGCUAAAGGCCGCCCUGAGGUCUCAGGUCAUCAGCUAUGGUGAUUGUAGUGAAAAGGUGGCCGAAACUUUUUACAACAUGGGCAGGAUCUGCUUUGCCAAAGGAGAGCUCAGGAAGGCAAUUCAGCUGUUAAGGAAGUGUCUGAUGAUUCAAAUCCUUUUAUACGGAAGUGAGCACAGUAAAAGCAGAGACACAAGAGACCUCCUUAACCUAUUGCAGAG